AUGACGACGAAAAGUACGACCGACUUCGUCGAAUCAACUGACCCAGCCGGAGGGAAGUCCAAGGCCCAGAUCCUCACCGACGUCUUCUCUCUCGCGACCCAAUUCAGCACCUGUGUUGAGGCUUUCAACCUCAUCCAUCCCUCAAAAGAUCAGGACCAUGCGCAAAAGGUUGUGCUUGCGAAACUCGGCCUACAGCAGGGCAGGUUGCUGAUCUUUGGUGAUGCCGUGGGUAUAACUGCGCCACCUGCGACAAUUGCACGACACAUGAUACCCAGCCAUCCUGGCAUCACAAAUCCAGAUCCACAUGUGCCUGUACACUUUGGCGUCAGAGAUCCGAGGCUUGACGAGGAGGUCAUCAAUGCGAAAGUCCGCAGGGCGCUCCAUGAGAUUGCGGGACGCCCAAGUAGCAUGUCGCGAGACGAACUGAUGAAUGUUUACGGCUUGAAGAGUCCAAAGACUUUCUCGCGCCUCGAAUAUCCAGCACUAGACACGAACCGAUUAGAAGGCUUCCGCGAGAAGUACACCCUGCUGAAGGAUCUCCUGAAUCAGACAGGUGCGCGAGCCAGUCUAAAGCGCAACCUCAGCAUGACGACCUCCCAUUGGACCGUCAAGGACACUACACGCUUCAGCGAGUACGUCAAAGUUGUACGCACCGAAGUCGAUGCGCUUAUCGAUCUGAUGGGCGUGAAAGAGCAGGUUGACCGUGGAAUUCGUUCCGAUCUCAAGAGCAUGGGGUGGCACCCAGACCUGACAGGUCCAGCAGUACGACAGGAUUGGGAGAAACUGCGUUUGAUUCGCGAAGCCUGUGUAGUCGAUUAUCCAGAGUACAUUGAAGUCAUCGACAAAGCCAUGCAGUACAUCAGCGAAGAAGUCAAAGAAUCAAAUCUUGCUCGAAAUCGCGCUGUGUUAGGCCUCUCAGAACCUAACAUGGACGCAGCAGGUGCGCGCCGGAAGUCAGACUACGACAUCCGCUCAGCGCCUGCGCCUGCGCCUGUGCCUACAAUCACCGCCGGAUCCAAACCUUCCAAACCGGAAGCAAAAUCUCAUAUCCAACUUGCCGCUGAACGCGCCCUAAAUCCACAUGCAGGCAAAGAAAAGCGCCCAGGCUGGCUCUCGGCCUUCAAAUUCAAGUCCUGGUCCAAGAGCAGCAAAACUGCACAUGAGAAGCAGCGCUCAAACAGUGUUCCACACACACCAACUGUAGACCCCCAACGCUCCCUCUCCGCAGGUGAAGGAUCAAACCAAACUUCAGAAGAUUUCAACACUCUCCAGGCCGUGCGCUCCAAGUCGCUCAGCGCAAUACCCAGCGAUAGCACGCCACAGCCCCCACCAUCAAAUCUCGACUCUCGCGUCCGCAAGCUCAGCCUUGACCACGAAGACAUGGCGAAUAUUCCUCCCAUCCAAGAAAACGGUGGUGAAGUAACUAGUUUCCCUGAAAGAAACGGACUGCCCGAUUCCGAUGCCGAUAUGGAUAAGAACACACUAGUGCAGGCGAUUACGACUAUGCCGCCCAAAGGACUCUACCGAAUCCCAAAACAUCAUGUUGUUGGCCAAGGCACCUCAAUGAAGCGUCAAUCUUUCAACAGCAUGGACUACAAAGAGGCGGAGAAGCCGGCGCCCGUUACAACCAACGACGGCACGACAGACGAUUUUAUCAACAAUGAAAGGGCUCAGCGAAAGCGCGAGAAGCGUGAGAGGAAAGAAGCCAGGAAACUGAAGAAGGAAGCCAAGGCUGCUAUGGCUGCUGCGGAGACAGGAAAGCUGAAAGAGAAGCAGAACACCCCGCCAGUCGACGCGAUACCCGCCUCCACGCCCGUCAAGAAUGGCAGGUACGGUCCACGUGGUCCUUAUAAGAAGAGAGAGAAAGGCCCGGACGGAACUCCAGUUUCUGCUGCAAAGAAGCGGAAGAGAGAGACCGAGGUGCCUGUUGACAGUCCAGCUGUCACUGACAAAGGUCUUGCUGACGCUGACAAUUGGCUCGGCCCCAACUUCAAGAAGAACAUGGAAGACAAUAAGAAGUCCCUUGCUCGCCUCGCCUCUAUGUUUGACCAGCGGAUUAAUGAGACCGCUAAACCUGCUGAGUUGCCCAGAAAUAAGCCAGGAAGACCAGUGGGUUCGGGCAAGAAGACCGUUGCUAAGACUAUUGAGACUGAAAUACCAAAGACCAUCAAGUCUGACGAGAUCAAGCCCAAGGCCAAAAGGCAGAAGCUGGAGAAGACACCUGUGACUUCCAAGGAGGAAAAUGUGUCCAAGGUCAGCAAGGCACCGAUAUCAGUUCCAUCGGUCGCAUCAGCCUUGCCUACCGAGCCGAAGAGCACACCAGUUCCACUUCCUCAGAAGUAUCUUGGUGCUUUGACGCGCAGUGUGAGCGAGUCGCCGACUAAGAAGACCAAGGUAGACCUUCGAGAGUCUGAAGUCCUUGUCGGCGAGACCCCUCUCUCACACAUGAGCCGUACACCUGCAACCACUCCUCGCGUACAAGCAAUCCCGUUUAGUCUUAGACCCGCAGUUACCACGUCCAGGGAAACCAGCAAAGCUCCUGGCACCCUUGAGUCUUCUCCCGAAAUUCCCCUCAUGAUUGACACCAAGUCCCCAGAGGCCCGAAAGCGCAUUGUUGGCAGUCAAAGUUCUGUGAACCCGCUUACAGAUAGUCAAGUUGACAGUCUUACUACUGCGAACCUCAUGCGGUUCAAAGAACCCCUCAGAGACACUCCGAAGCCGCGUCCUCGAGGCCGUCGUUCCGUUAGCGAGGCACCUAGUACUUCUUCUAGCAGCUCCUCUACCACAUCAAGGACCAUUCGCGACAUGUUAAUGCGUCCAAAUACACCAUACACACGUCCAAGUAACGAGAUCUCUCCCUUCAACAACAAGAAGAAGCACAUUGAAAGGCAUGACGAAGCCAAUCUUGCCACUUUCUCUAGCACAUUCACGGCUUCCCGCCGAACCGUCAAUUUUACCGAUGAGGCAGCAUACCUUGACGAGUACGACGAAUGGCUCUCCGACAGCGAAGCAGCAGGCACCCUCCCUUACUUGAAACAAGCCUCAGGGUGCACGGCCAAAUCCGAGCAAAUGCUCCAGCUCCAACGUUCGGAUGACACCUCAGCAUUCAAAAUGAUCAUCACAAAUGAAACCGAAACCGAGAAUGCGGCGUCCGACAUUGCGCGCGUUAAAGCCGCGUCCACCUUCCUGCGCUACAGCAUCCUGACACGCAUCCCCAUACCGCUGGGCUCCAUCGAAGGAACGUUUAAACUCUACUGCCCCAAGUACACCACUACCCAUAUCGACAAGUACGGGUUCGGUCAACGCACUUUGAACAUCACCUCCAUCGCCGGUCUCAAUCCCAUGUCGGGAGCCUAUACAGCGCGUCUCUCUAUUCCACCUCGCUCCAUGCCGUACCCGAUCCAAGCGUUCGAAGCCCCACCCCACGCUUCGUUCCGCACCAUCACACUCAAGACAGUUGCUGAGCGAUAUAGAAUGGACGUCAUGUUCUUGGGUAACGGUUACUUGAAGCUGAGAGUUGAUUUGCAUCUGAUUCUCAAUGGCAAGUCGGCUGGAGAGAUGAAGGCGGGAAAGGGAAAGGGCAAGGAGGGGAAGACAAAGGCCGGAGUGGGCAUCUGGGAGUUUCUGGGAGUGAAUGAGAAGGCGGUUGUCUGGGAACCGAUGGUUGAUGAGUUGGAAAAGGAGGGAAGGAAGUUGGUUGCCAAGUAUGAAGGUCGUUAA